UGCUUGACACCAUUCCACCCUAAAGAGCAAGGCCCCAUGAAUUGGAUCCUGUAACGACAGUAGAAGGGAAUCGCAUGGAACCCAUGGAUCCAUCCCAGAAUCCUCAUCGCCCGGAGCAGAUUUCCUCAGAAUCAUACAACACACUCUCGUCUGUACAAAUCCAAGCUCCCUCGUAUACAUACGAACCCGAUCAAUCAACCUAUGCUUACUAUCCGCCCUCCUAUCAGUACGUAUACUACGAUGCUGCGCAGCAAGCGGCCUAUGACUACUCCACUGCCUAUUACCAGCAGCCCCAGCAGGAACCAACCACCUCUACACACCCGCCCGCGGCACCGUUUCCGCCGCAACCGCAAUCUGACCCAGCAGCCGCCGCCCAGUACCAGUAUUCUUAUUACCCCCCGCCGCCACAACCUCAGGGAGUGGAAUAUGGAGCAGUGUACGGAUCCGGGGCUGCCAUUCACACUGGGACCUCCGCCGCUCAGGUAUGGUUUUUUAUUGUAUAGCUAUGUAAUUUUGUCGUGAUUUGUUGAUGAGGCAAUUUAGGUAUUUCGUUUUAAGAUGCAGAUUUGGGUCUGGAUUGUGAUGAGUCUGAUACCGGACUUGAAUUUAGAAUACUGUUUUGGUGUUUCAGAUUGAAAGUUUUGAUAUAAUUCUAUUGGAAUGUUCCCAUAAAAAAUUGGAACUUUGGAUUGAAAUGUGUGUUUAUGGAAUUCCACUCAUCAUCUGAGAUUUAAGCAACCUCUAAUUUCCCCUUAUAUUGGGUAUUAACAUCUUGAGAAUUGAAUGGAAAAGAAGGAAAUAUAAAAUAGUAGAGCAAGAGAAGGAAUGAAGGAUUAGGAGGAGAUUCAACUUUGGUUUAAUAGGUUGUCUUCCUAAUCAUUUGCUGUCCUUUUGUUUGUAUAAACAAAACUGUUGAGCUUGGUAUCGUUGUUUCUCAUACAAGCUGAGUCCUGCAAAAGAGGAGUGGAACUUGAGCAAUCCAUGUGAUGACUAUUCUGCUCAGCUAAUUAUACAAGAUGCCAUAUUACUCUAAAUGAGCUUGUUUGGAACCUGGAAAUCAAUUGUCUGUUCAUAAGAAGUGUAUCUUUUCUCUUCAAAGACUUAGGGGCAUAAUUAGCUGAGCUGAAUGGCCAAUAUAUCUGCUAGAAAAGCUGAACAAAGUGAGCAUGUGUCUUGGCAACUGAGUGCCUCAAGCUCACACUCAAGUGCAAACCAGCUUGCAUAUUGUCAAAAACCAAGCUUGAACAGCCUAUUACAUGGCUCAGUUUACUUUUUUCCCUUACAAUCCUACUUAAAGUUUUCUUUGUCCUUUGCAGAAAUGGUUAGUCACAAGAGUUGGAAUUCACUGAAGAUUUUGAUGGUGUUUGAGAUGAUCUUGCAACCUUCACAUAGAGGCAGAGGUAGAAGAGGUGGCCAAAUCUUCCGAGGAGCUGGCCGUGGCCGUCGGGGUCAGGCUCCGCAACCUCCUGCUCCAGUCUGGCCGCCUCGUAUGGCAUGGUGCGAACUCUGCAGGGUUGAGUGCAACACCCCCGAAAUUCUUGAACAGCACAAAAAUGGAAAGAAACAUAAAAAGAACGUGAAAGUUCAGGAAGAGUUGCAGAGAGUAAUGGCUGCGGGACACAAUGUGCAGCCAACUAGUUCUCAAGUUCAGGCAGAAGUUGCGUAUCAGCCUAAAGCAACAGAGGGAUCUGAGGUGCCGCCCGAAGGGAAUUUAUCUAUCGAGACUGUUAAUGGAAGAUCUGAGCAGCAACCUCAAGAGAAUUUGCCAUCCCAGGCUCUUGGAGAAGAAAACAAAGCCGAACCUGAGCUUCCAAAAGCUGAAUCAACAAGAGAUCCCGGAGAGAGUCAAGGACGUGGGCCCAAGCGCAAGACAAGUGGUGGUCCUGGUGGACGAGGGGGCAAGAAAUUGAGAUCUCAUGACGGAAGAAGAAAACCCGCUGAGCCUCCUAAACCUAAACAAAUCCCUUUAAUAUGUGAGCUCUGUAAUGUUACGUGUGAGUCACAAGUUGUUUUCCAAAGUCAUCUGCAGGGAAAGAAGCAUAUAUCAAACCGGAAACGCUUCGAGGAUUCACAAGCAGUGCUUGGACAAGCAGCAACCCAAGCAUUAUAUCCGGCUCUACAACCAGUUUACCCAGCACUUCCCCAACCUAACCCAGGUCUGGCUACUCCAUUGGAUCCUAAUCUUCAGCAGCAAAAUAUUCCUGGUGGUCAGGCCUUUUUGACUCAACCGGCACCUUCUCUCCUCCCUCAAGGUCAAGAAGCAUCAGCAGCAGCUUUGCCGCCUCCCAUGUUGCAGUCUCUGGACCAUCAAGAUCCUAGUCCUCAGUUUCAAAGCCAGUAGAUGAAGCCUGUGCCCAGAAGUAAUGACCCCUUUGUUUCAGGGUGAGCCUUAGAAAAGAGAAUUGCUACCAAGAAAGAAUUCAACUUCUAGGGUCAUUUCACUGAUAACUAACUUACUAGUGUGUCCUGAUUAGAUGGUGGUCAGAUUCUUGUAAGGAGCUUGCUACUUCUGGUACAGCCAAGAUGGAACUUCAUGUAACAGUGUUGUUAGAUACAGUGUGAAUGUGGCUUCUAGAGUCUUUUCAGACAGCAUGGGAAAAUAAUUAAGAGUAUAAAAGCCACAUAUAAGUGUUAUUUAGUCAUAGGAACAACAAUUUAUCGUAACACGUUUUAAGAACUUCUCAAAUUCUCCCAA